AUGGAUUUGGAGAGUACUAAACAACCUCGUAAGCGACUUAUAAUCAAGUUUUCUUCUCAAAAGAAUCAUUCUACAUCCAAGCCAAUCGUUACAUGUUUCUGGCUUGACGCUAAAGAUUCAACAGCUAUUAUGUCUCAACAAAACAACAACAAGGAACUUUCCACACCAACCGAUUCAAAACCCAUCUUGUCUAAAGAAGUUGGUGUGCAAGUAAUGAAGGAUUCUUGUUCCAAGAAGAUUAUCAAUGAAACAAGAAACCCAAGAACCGAAAAUUGUGGCUUGAAGGCUGCUGGCGGUGAGAUCAAGAAUGAAAAGAGAAAGAAGCCGAUGCAACAUUACAAGAAGAUGCAAUGUUGGGUGAUUUUGAAGAGGAUGUUGAUUGGAAGAGAUAGUUGGCCUCUAAAAGACCCUGUUGAUCUCAAGUUGUUGAAGGCUUCUCACCACAAGGAUAAUUUAGAGAGCAAGUAUAAGUUGAAGACAAUGGGUUUGAAGGAUAUUGAAGCCAAAUUGGAACUCUAUUCAACGCCGGAUGAGUUUGCUAAUGACGUCAGAUUUGUAUUCUCUCAACGAAUGUUGUUAUAUCCUCCGCGAAAUGAGAUUCAUAAAAUUGCAAUGAAGUUUAGUGAGUCUUUUGAAAACAAAUGGAAGUCUCUAAAGAAAGAUUGGGAACUUGAAGAAAGAAAAAGAAACAAGAGGAAGAUGGAUGAACAUGUUCAUGAGAGUAAAGACUUCUUCCAAACCAAAAGGUCAAGAUAA